GGUGAGGUUCAUCCGUCAGAGGCCAAAUUGUUGGAGAGGCAGGGCAGAGGCUGGCCCCUCGCGAGGCUGUGUGCCGGCGGGUAACAGCCACGGCGAGGCUGGGCGGCCGUCCCCGGCGUCCGGCGAAGCCCUUCGCCGGCCUCGGCGACACAGAGGCGAGGCAGCCGGCGACUCGGCGGCACCGGCAGAUGGGGGCGCGCGUCAUGGCGUGGUGGCGAGCAAGGGUGGUCGCGCCCAUGCGCCGCGCCUGCAGGCUCGCCGUGGCCGCCGCCCGCGCCCGCGUCCGCAAGGGAGAGUGCGGGGUCCUGAACCUUCACCAGGACGUGCAGACGUGCGGCUACCACGACGUGCAGGUGAUGUGGGACAUGCUCAGCUCCGACAAGGAGGCCGCUGCCGCCGCCUCGGCGCCGGCGAAGCAGCAGCAGCGGCGGAAGAGGCCGUUCUGGAGGCUGCCUCCGUCGUUCUGGCCCGCCCGGUCGCCGCGCGCCGCUGCAGCGCAGUGAGGCGAACGGCGUACGAGCUGCUGCCUGGCAAUGUGGACAGAACGCAUAUAUCAUGGCACCCUGCCGCUGCCAUGCUGCUGCCUGCCAUUGCGCCCCGAGUUCAUGGCAAUGAUCCCUGCGACCAGACCAGCCCGACCAUG